AUGUUCAUGUUACACAACUCGGUCAUAUUCGUGGCUUAUAAAACCCAGUCGCUGCUUCCCGCCCUUCCACUUCUGACUCUUCGUCAUCCUCCCACAGCCCCUCCUUUGACCUCUCACUCCACGCUUGAACAUCUUGGCCUGAAAGCAGUUAUGACUUCGGAAAUAUCGCCUACAGAUAAUUCAGAACAGUCUUACCACCCGGGUGACGGCGUUGAGCGUUGCAUAAUCGAGGGUCACCGGUUCGAAUUUGACGACAACGUGCCAGACGAGGUACGCGACCGUAUGAGCGACCUCUCUGCAAACGAUGUUAAAUUCGCCGAUGUCCCCGCAGAGUACCUGAAAUACGAGGUCAAGUACGACCCAUGGGCUGAGAUAGACAACGUCAUCAUUGAUGGACAUGUGUUCGCCGUCAACUAUGACGUCCCCGCCGACGUGUCUUCUGCGCUGAUCGAACUGGCCAGGCGUCCGGGUGUGCGGUUUGAAGACGUUCCAAGAGAUUAUAGGAAGUAUUACGACUCUCGUGCCGGCUGGGUUAGAGACGAGGAUUUCCCCGCCACAGCUAUCACCUACUGCCAAGGUGACACCGAUCAAGGCCAAUCGAGCGAGAUUAACGACAAGGAUGAACAUGGAAAGGGAAAUAAUGAUAAGGGGUCGCAGGAAGUGAAGUCAGAGAAUGACAAAUGAUUUCAGUCGAUUUUCUGUCUGCCUACAAGGGCCACAUCUGUCAUAUUGUUCAACGGUCGUACAAGAAUGCAGUCAGCC